AUGGUUAUUUAUGAACCUGGUGGCAAAGCCCAACAAUUGGCAGCCUUUGGAUUUCAUCUAUAUCUCUUCGGUUUCAUGAGAAAGUUAACUGAAAAGGGAGGAGCUAUGGCUGCCGUGCUAAAUCAAAAGCGCGUAACAAAACGACAUAUUGGUGGAGGGUGGCUGUCUCGUUGGGCCGUUCGCACGUUCACCUCCCUAAAACGACAACCGAAACUCGUUCCGAGGGCACUUGGUAGCAUUUUAGCGGAGACAAGCGCCACGCCUGGGCGAGUGUGCGAAAUGGCAGUUUCAGAGAGGAAUCAUAACCAUUCUCAUUAUCAUCAACUUUUCUCAAUGUUAAUCGUCCUAUUCCUCCUCCUCCUCGACAAUGCUCUCUGCAUCAGGUUUCCGGAUCGGGUCGCCCCAUCCAUCCGCGACCAAACCGACCAACAGCGCUUCCAGGUCGCCGUCUUCGCCCUCGGAAGCUUCUGGCGAUCCGAAGCCGUCUUUGGCUGCUUGCCCGGCGUUGUUCGCACCACCGUCGGCUACGCCGGAGGCUCCAAGUCCAACCCCGAAUACCGAAGCAUCGGUGACCAUGCCGAAUCCGUCAAGGUUGAGUAUGAUCCACAGCUGAUUAGUUUUAGGGAACUCCUGGAUGUCUUUUGGUCAAGCCAUGAUCCUAGGCAAGUGUAUGGUCAAGGUCCUGAUGUGGGUAAUCAAUACAGAUCUAUUAUUUUUGUCAAUGGAACCGAAGAAUCAAGAAUGGCUGCUGUCAGCAAAGAGCAGGAACAAACCAGGUCAAGAAGCAGCAUUGUGACUACUCAGAUUCUGCAACUAGGAACAUUUUACCCUGCAGAGCCAGAGCAUCAGAAAUUUGAACUCAAGCAAAAUACCAUCCUUCUUCAGUUAAUUGGAAACCUUCCUGAAGAGGAGCUCGAGAGGUCUAGCCUGGCAACGAAAUUGAAUGGAUAUGUAGCAGAGCUUUGCCCUCCAGAUAUCCAAAAGCAUAUUGAUUCCAAGAUCAAUGAUAUUAUUAAAAGGGGUUGGCCCAUGUUGAGGGAUUUGUAG